CAAGUCAAGUGUCAACACUUUUGAGAAUGGUUUAACCUAACCCUACUUCUGAUGAUGACGUCAUACAAUGGUUCCUGCCCAGAGCAUAACAUUCGAUUCGACAGCAACACGGGAGCCAAGAGGUUAAGUUUUCUUGACCAACCUCAUUGUACAUUUUCAUCUUUGUUCUGUCUGAAGAAGUUGUUGUUUCGCAACACGUGUGUUGCUCCCGGAUAUUCUGUUGACGAUAGCCCAUUUCGUAUUCUGUAAAUUAAAUAAUUUCAUCUCCCCUUCAUAAAAAUGGUUAAAAUGGGUCUCACUAAACAGUACCUGCGUUAUGCUUCAUCGGCCAAUUUUAACAUCAUAGCUAGUCCGUCUUGCAAUGCAGUAUUUGUUGUAUUGCAAGGGCAAGAAGGGCGAUUUGUAGCAGUAGGUGGUUGUGAGGAUGUCAUAGUUUGGGAUCUUCGCCUUGGUGAAAAGGCACUCAUUAUAACUGGUGAGAAACAUGAAGUCACAUAUUUGGCAGCAAGUCCCGACAAACAGUUCUUGUCUGUUGGCUAUGCAGAUGGAGCAAUUAAAGUUUUUGAGCUUGGAUCCACUGACUUGGUGGCUACAUUUUCUGGACAUCGAUCUGCUAUAACUUGUUUAGCAUAUGAUGAACUUGGUCAUCGUCUUGCCUCCGGAUCCAAAGACACUGAAAUAAUUAUAUGGGAUGUGGUAGCUGAGCGUGGUCUGCAUCGAUUAUCAGGUCACAAAGGGAUUGUCACUCAAGUAGCAUUUCUAAAUGAUCGGAAUAUUCUUGUGUCUUCUUCAAAGGAUACAUUUGUUAAAUUUUGGGACCUUGAUACUACGCACUGUUUUAAAACUCUUGUUGGACAUCGAACAGAAGUUUGGGGUUUGGCUCUAGUAAAAAAUGGCAAGUACCUUGUGACUGGCAGCAAUGACAGUGAGCUUCGCAUGUGGGAAAUUCAAGAUUCCCAAAAUAAAUCAGACAGACCUGUGGCUGUAGAGGAUAUUCCAGGAGAUAUCAUUGGUGAUGAAAUGCAGUCUGAUGUUGUGUCACCCAUCACAUGCACUAAAGCAGGGUCCAUCUUGAGAGCUGGCACUGGCCGUGUUAUUGGCCUUACAACUGAUAGAAAUGGUGUAGUUUUAGGAUGUUUCGGAGCUGAUAACAAUUUAGAAAUGUUUGAAGUAAAGUCUGAUGAGGAAGCCAAAUUGAAAAUGAAGAAACGAUUAAGGAAACAACGGAAAAAGGAACUAGCUGACUCAGAAUCUAAUGACAUAAAUGCAAAAAUUACGGAUCAAGAUGAAAAUUCUUUACCAACAUUACGAGAUGAAAUCAUUCGACUCCCUGUUGUGAAAUAUGGAGGCAAAGUUAAAUCAACUUCCCUUGUUGUGGGCCGUGGGCAGGAAUUGCGGAUUGCUAGUGCGCUAAAUAAUAACAGGAUGGAGCUUCACACCUUAAGCUUAUCUGUGAAAGGAACACAGCCUCAAAGUCUGAGAGUUAUAGAAUAUCAGGGACAUCAUUCAGAAGUGAGGAGUGUAGCUUUCAGUUCUGACAGUUUAGCUAUUGUUUCAGGCAGUGCUGAAGCUUUGAAAGUUUGGAACAGACCAUCCUUGACAUGUUUGCGCACUAUCAGAACAGACUACAUUCUCUCAGUAUGCUUUGUUCCUGGAGAUAGACAUGUUCUUGUUGGUCUGAAGAAUGGAAAAAUGCUCAUAGUUGAUAUUGCUGCAGGAGACAUUUUAGAGGAGGUGGAAGCUCACUCUAAAGAGUUGUGGUCAAUAUCUCUUCUGCCAGACAAGCGUGGGUGUGUUACUGGUGGAGGAGACUGCACUGUCAAAUUUUGGCAAUUUGAACUUAUUCAGAGCCCAGAAUCUAAAGCAAAAGUGCUGUCAGUCCUCCACACACGGUCUCUUAAGCUGGAGGAAUGUGUUCUAUGCGUAAGAAUCAGCCCAAACAGUAGAUUAAUUGCUGUUGCUUUACUGGAUUCCACUGUUAAAGUUUUUUAUCUGGACACAUUGAAGUUCUUCCUGUCUCUUUAUGGACACAAACUGCCUGUAACUUGCAUGGACAUAUCAUCAGAUUCUACAUUAAUUGCAACUGGCAGUGCUGAUCGUAAUAUAAAAAUUUGGGGUCUUGACUUUGGUGACUGCCAUCGCUCUUUAUUUGCCCAUGACAACUCUGUGACUGGAAUACAAUUUGUUCAUGAUACUCAUCAAUUUUUCUCAUGUGGUAAAGACGGACGUGUAAAGCAGUGGGAUGCAGAUACUUUUGACAGAAUUCUUACCUUGCAGGCUCAUCAUGGUGAAGCAUGGAAUUUGUCAGUUAGCGACAAUGGUCAACAUGUUAUUAGCUGUGGCUCAGAUAGAGUAUUAAGAAUGUUUACACGCACUGAAGAGCCCCUUGUUUUAGAGGAUGAGAGAGAACAAGAACGUGAGGAAGAAGAAAAUGCUGAAGUUGAUCAGUCUGAAGAAACAGCCGUUGAAGGUCAAAGUGCUCUACAUUUACCUUCAAAAAAGACUGUUGGAAGUGAAAAAGCGGCUGAAAUGCUUCUGGAAUGCCUUGAAGUUGGUGAAGCUUAUGGAGCUGAACUGGAUCAGUAUCAUGAAGCUAUGAGGCAUGCUGGUAAAGAGGCAACUGCUGUACCACCACCACCUGCCAUCAUGGUUGCUUAUCGUGCAUCCACUCCUGCUGAGUUUCUGCAGGAAAUUCUUGCCAGAAUUAAAUCAAGUGAAUUAGAGGAAGCUUUACUGCGUCUGCCAUUUGCUAGUGUAUUGAAGUUAUUGCCUCAGCUUAUCUCGUUAUUGGAACUACCGCAGCAACCACAUACAGAAGUUGUGUGUCGUGCUGCUUUGUUUCUUGUGCGGGUGCAUCAUGGACCCAUAAUGAGCACUGCCACUCUUUUACCAACAAUUCGUCAGCUGCAUAGUCUUGCUGCCACUAAAAUAUGUGAACUAAGGGACUUGGUUGGUGUCAAUCUUCAUGGCUUUUUAUUCCUACAACAUGAAAUUGAAGCCAGAGAGGGAGUAGCCUUAUUUACUGAAGCUGCUGCUCAGAGGAAACAGAGGGGCAAAAAGAGAAGAGGACCCACAAAACGUGCAAUUUUAACUGUUUGAAGAAUCCCUUGGAUGACUAUCACCUGUACUUUUCUGUCCUCACAGGCAAUAAAUAAAGACUCACAAUGGAGAAA